AUGUCUCAAAUCCAGAUGUUAAAAGCGCCUGAGAGUCCAAACGGGGUGAAGCUGGUUUCUCAACUUCGUGAUGUCAGACAGCUGUUGGAGGUCAAAGAGGAGCGUCCUGCUGAGCAGCAGAAAUUGAAUCCCAGUUUGGACCAGGAAGACCCGAACCUUUCUCGCAUUAAAGAGGAAGAGGAGGAGGCCAAUGUCACGGAGUUCACCUACAUUCCUGUCAUAGUGAAAAGUGAGGAUGAGGAGGAGAAACCUCAGUCCUCAGAGCUUCAUCACGCUCAGACUGAGGAGUCCGAUCCAGGUCAGAGCUCGGAGUCAGACACCGAAGAGAAGACUUCCCAGUCUUCCAAGACGGACGUGAGUGAUGGAAACUGGGAGCAGGGCAGUGACCCCCAGUCUGCGAAAACCAGUGACGGCGCUGCGGGCGACGGACACGACGGCGGCAAGAAGUGUUACAGCUGCCCCGAGUGCCUGAAGACGUUCAGCCGCCGGGCGAACCUGCUGCGCCACAAGAGGAUCCACACGGCCGAGCUGCCCUUCAGCUGCGCCGUCUGCCAGGCCUCCUUCAAAACCAAGCGCGUCCUCAUCCAGCACGCCAAGAUCCACAGCGACGAGAAGCCCUUCAGCUGCUCGGUGUGCGGCCGAGGCUUCAAGCGGAGGGAGUGCGUCACGCACCACAUGAGGUGCCACACGGGGGAGAAGCCCUUCAGCUGCUCCUUCUGCGAGGCCACCUUCAAGUGGAAGAACGCCUACGUGGAGCACACGCGCAUCCACACGGGAGAGAAGCCCUUCAGCUGCGGCGUCUGCUCGGCGGCCUUCAGGAGGAAGCAGGACUUCGUGGAGCACCGGAGGAUCCACAGCGGCGAGAAGCCCUUCAGCUGCUCGGUCUGCGGCCGGAGCUUCAGCAAGGUGGCCUACGUCACCUGCCACAUGCGCUGCCACAAAGGCGAGAGGCCCUUCAGCUGCUCCGUCUGCAAAGCCGCUUUCAAGAGGAAGUACACGCUGGAGAUUCACAUGAGGACGCACACCGGGGAGAAGCUGUUCAGCUGCACCACCUGCCACAAGAAAUUCACGCGCAUGUCGGGAGCCAAAGCACAUCAGCAGCGCUGUGCGGGCAGCUGCUCCGAGGCGGCCGGAGCUCAUCUGGGAGGGGCCUGCUGA